AACUGGCUAACAUUGUCCUAACUUGUUUUAAAAACCUCAUACGCUCUUUCCUUCUCCUUCCUUUUUCGUUUUCCACCGACGCCACCGAUCUCCGCCGGAGACUCUCUCCGAUUAUCCUCUCCCUUCUGUAUCCCUCCAAUUUACAGAUUCGAUUUCAUCUCUUCCUUAUUUCUUCCAAAGCCCCUAAUCGAAGAUCUCUCUUUGUUGAUGGGCACCGCGGAGGUUUCCGGAUCUCCGACGAAAUCGCCGCUCACGGUAUCGACCUCCGUCACAGAAACCCUCGAUGGCUUUCAUGAAUUCAAGAUCAGCGCCUACUCUCUCACAAAAGGCCUCGGCGUCGGCAAAUUCGUGGCCUCAGAGACGUUCACCGUCGGCGGUUACACGUGGGCGAUCUACUUCUACCCGGAUGGGAAGGGUCCGGAGGAUAACUCGACUUAUGUUUCUUUGUUCAUUGCUUUAGCGAGCGAGGGAGCUGAUGUGAGAGCUUUGUUUGAGCUCACGCUCGUGGAUCAGAGUGGGAAUGGGAAGCAUAAGGUUCAUAGCCAUUUCGGGAGAGCACUCGAGAGCGGACCUUAUACUCUCAAGUAUCGUGGAAGCAUGUGGGGAUACAAGCGGUUUUUCAAGAAGUCGAGUCUAGAAUCAUCAGAUUAUAUGAAGGACAAUAGUCUCUUGGUUCGGUGUCGCGUUGGUGUGGUGAAGUCGUGCACGGAGGUGCAGAGGAAUUACAACAUCCCUGUGCCAGUUUCUAACUUAGGCCAACAGUUUGGGAAUCUUUUGGAAAGCGGGAAAGGUUGUGAUGUUACUUUUCAAGUCGAUGGAGAAACAUUCUCUGCGCACAAGCUGGUUCUUGCAGCGCGUUCUCCAGUUUUCAGGGCACAGCUUUUUGGCCCGUUAAGAGACAGAAACACUGACCGCGUAGAGAUAGAAGACAUGGAGUCCCCCAUUUUCAAGGUCCUCUCUUUAAUCCUCUUUCUGAGAUUACAUCUGAUUUUCUAUUCACGAAUGUACCAUCCGGGAUCUUCUCCUGGGGCGCUACUCCUGUUGUUGAGUUUACUCACCCAGGAUAAGGUUUUGCUCCAUUUUAUCUACUGGGACGAAUUGCCUGACAUGCAAGAGUUAAUGGGCACAGACUCUAAAUCAGCUUCUACUCUUGUGGCUCAGCAUCUCCUUGCAGCUGCAGACCGUUAUGCUCUUGAGCGGCUUAAACUGAUCUGCGAGUCGAGACUUUGUGAAGGAAUCACUAUAAACACUGUUGCAACCACCUUGGCCUUAGCGGAGCAGCAUCAUUGUUUCCAGCUGAAGGCAGUCUGUCUCAAAUUCGUCUCCUUGCCAGAGAACCUGAAAGCUGUGAUGCAAACAGAUGGGUUUGAUUAUCUGAAAAAGAGCUGUCCAUCUUUACUAACUGAGCUAUUGAAGUAUGUGGCGAGGCUUGGUGAACACUCUGUUAGUGCAUCUGGGUAUCGAAAAGAGAUGUUUGCUGAUGGUUGUGAUGCAAACGGAAGAAGAGUGAAGCAGCGGUUGCAUUGAACAUAUCUCUGCAUUGUAUAAUUACUGUUUAAUGGCUGUCUGAUUUGAUUCAGCAGGUGAAUUAGCGUUUGCAUUGUAUAAUAUUUGUUACGGAUAAUGUCUGAUCGUAAACAAUCUCAUUCGGCAAGUUCAAAGAAUCCUUUUCUAAAGCUUUC